GUGAGUUGGUGCGCGCGGGGGUGCGCGCGUGCGAGUGUGUGUGCGCGUGUGCACGCGCGUGUGCAGGGCCGGGGGCGGGCUCCGGCCCCGCCGCCUCCUCCCGCCCGCGCCCCGCGCUCCGCCGCCAACUCGGGGCCCCGGCGCGGCGGGCGGCGGGCAGCAUGCUCAGCCUCCUCGUCUGGAUCCUCACUCUCUCCGACACUUUCUCCCAAGUUGUGCCUAGCCAGACGGGGCAAGAACUGAGCCCGCAGAAGGCAACAAGGUGAGGCCAGAAGCGGUUGACAACACGUGACCUCUGGGAGCCUUGCAGAACCGUGUCAGGGACCCAGACCCGCUUCAGCCAGGAGCCGGCCGACCAGACCGUGGUGGCAGGACAGCGGGCCGUGCUCCCCUGCGUGCUGCUCAACUACUCGGGCAUCGUGCAAUGGACCAAGGACGGGCUGGCGCUGGGCAUGGGCCAGGGCCUCAAAGCCUGGCCGCGGUACCGGGUCAUGGGCUCUGCAGACGCUGGGCAGUACAACCUGGAGAUCACGGACGCCGAGCUAUCUGACGACGCCUCCUACGAGUGCCAGGCCACGGAGGCCGCCCUGCGCUCGAGACGGGCCAAGCUCACCGUGCUCAUCCCCCCAGAGGACACCAGGAUCGACGGCGGCCCGGUGAUCCUGCUGCAAGCGGGCACGCCACACAACCUCACGUGCCGAGCCUUCAACGCCAAGCCCGCCGCCACCAUCAUCUGGUUCCGGGACGGGACUCAGCAGGAGGGCGCGGUGGCCAGCACGGAGCUGCUGAAGGAUGGGAAGAGGGAGACCACCAUCAGCCAGCUGCUCAUUAACCCCACAGACCUGGACAUCGGGCGUGUGUUCACCUGCCGCAGCGUGAACGAGGCCGUCCCGAGCGGCAAGGAGACUUCCAUCGAGCUGGAUGUGCACCACCCUCCCACGGUGACCCUGUCCAUUGAGCCACAGACGGUACAGGAGGGCGAGCGCGUCGUCUUCACGUGCCAGGCCACAGCCAACCCCGAGAUCCUGGGCUACAGGUGGGCCAAGGGGGGCUUCUUGAUUGAAGAUGCACACGAGAGUCGCUAUCAGACAAACGUCGACUACUCCUUCUUCACGGAGCCUGUGUCCUGUGAGGUUCACAAUAAAGUGGGAAGCACCAACGUCAGCACCUUAGUAAACGUCCACUUUGCCCCCCGGAUCGUGGUUGACCCCAAGCCCACGACCACAGAUAUUGGCUCUGAUGUGACCCUCACCUGUGUCUGGGUGGGGAAUCCGCCCCUCACCCUCACCUGGACCAAAAAGGAUUCCAACAUGGGGCCCAGGCCCCACGGCUCCCCACCCGAGGCUGCUCUCUCUGCCCAGGUCCUGAGUAACAGCAACCAGCUGCUGUUGAAGUCAGUGACCCAGGCCGAUGCCGGCACCUACACCUGCCGGGCCAUCGUGCCUCGGAUCGGAGUGGCCGAGAGGGAGGUGCCCCUCUAUGUGAACGGGCCCCCCAUUAUCUCCAGCGAGGCGGUGCAGUAUGCCGUCAGGGGUGACGGUGGCAAAGUGGAGUGUUUCAUCGGGAGUACGCCACCCCCCGACCGCAUUGCCUGGGCAUGGAAGGAAAACUUCCUGGAGGUGGGGACGCUGGAGCGCUACACGGUGGAGAGGACCAACUCGGGCAGCGGAGUGCUGUCCACACUCACCAUCAACAACGUCAUGGAGGCCGACUUUCAGACACACUACAACUGCACGGCCUGGAACAGCUUCGGGCCGGGCACGGCCAUCAUCCAGCUGGAGGAGCGAGAGGUGCUGCCCGUGGGCAUCAUCGCCGGGGCCACCAUCGGAGCGGGCAUCCUGCUGACCUUCUCCUUCAUUGCCUUGGCGUUCUUCCUCUAUCGCCGCCGCAAAGGCAGUCGCAAGGACGUGACCCUGAGGAAGCUGGACAUCAAGGUGGAGACGGUGAACCGCGAGCCACUCACGAUGCAUUCCGACCGGGAGGACGAUACCGCCAGCGUGUCCACUGCGACUCGGGUCAUGAAGGCCAUCUAUUCGUCCUUCAAGGACGACGUGGACCUGAAGCAGGACCUGCGCUGCGACACCAUGGACACGCGGGAGGAGUACGAGAUGAAGGACCCCACCAACGGCUACUACAACGUGCGCGCCCACGAGGACCGGCCGGCGUCGCGGGCCGUGCUCUACGCCGACUACCGCGCCCCCGGGCCCGCGCGCUUCGACGGGCGCCCGGCCUCGCGCCUCUCGCACUCGAGCGGCUACGCGCAGCUCAGCUCCUACGGCCGCGCCCCCGCGUCCGACUUCGGCCCCGAGCCCGCGGCCCCCGGGCCCGCCGCCCCCGCCGGCGCCGACUCGGCCGGCCCGCUGUCCUUCGAGAACUACGACAAGUUCAACCCCCACCCCUUCCCCGCGGCGGCCGGCUACCCCACCUACCGACUGGGCUACCCGCAGGCGCCGCCGUCGGGCCUGGAGCGGACCGCGUACGAGCCUUACGACCCCAUCGGCAAGUACGCCACGGCCACGCGCUUCUCCUACACGUCCCAGCACGCGGACUACGGCCAGCGGUUCCAGCAGCGCAUGCAGACUCACGUGUAGGCCCGGAGCGCCACCGAGCGGGGGCGCCUCUGCGGGGCAGAGGACGAGGCUCUCCCGGCCGUUCCCUGAUAUUCAGGGGCGUUGCGCGUCGCUGCGGGGGCUGCGGGGCCCGGACCGGCCUGCCGCCGCCCGGGGCAGGUGGGGAGCAGGUCUCCCGGAAACACCCCCUCCCGAGGAUGGUGCUCUGUGCAUGCCCCAGCCUCCUGGGCCUGCCCUUCCCUCUUCUUCGGGAGGACGUGUGUCUUCUGACCUGUGCUCUCGCCUGACCCCGGCGCGGGGUGGGCCAGGGAAGCGGAGGUGGUGGAGAGCCGAGGGGGGCACUUUUUAGCAUUCCCAUUCUGUCCCCACCCCACCCCACCCCACCCCCCUCUCGGCUCCCCUGAGCGGACAGGGCCAUGUGAGGAUGAGCAGGCCUGGGCCGAGGGGACACGCGGCGUGGGGUGGGGUGGGGUGGGGUGGCUCUGGCCCAGACGGGUGGGAACGGGACAGCCUGGCCGGCCCUUCUGCUCUCUGCACUCGUACCCUGGCAGCGUCCCUCCUUCCGGGGGACUGCGGAAGGCUUUGGUGGGUUUCUUGCGGCUGUGCACUCCGCAGCCCUGGCGCCGAGUUCAGACCCAGCCCUCAUUCGGCUGAGCCGAACGCAAGUGCCAGCCUUCCGGCUGCUCCCCGUGGACACCUGUGUGUCAGCCUUCGCAGGACCCGCGUUUCUCCAGUAGCGCCCUCCUCCUUGCCCCUCCGUGCAGGGCCAGCCAGAGAGGUCAGGGUCGUGGUGGAGACAAGAACGGUGGGGACCCAUGUCCUGUUUGACCAGCAAGAAGGCUGUGUGCUACAGAGCAGUUUCCAGAGUCCCCUCCAGAGGGGCCCCUUCCCUCCCCAGCGGGCCCUGUGUCCUGGCUUGAACUCUUGAGCCUGGUGCCAUGAGGGUGGGAUGCUAUAGGCUGUUUUUCAAAGACAACAACAACAACGACGACAGAAACGAUAAAAACCUCAUGUGGGGAGGAAAAACUAAAAGCUGUAGGGAUUCCCCCACCCCAAGUCCCAAUGGGAAGGAAAGGGGGCACCUGCUCACCAGAUUCCCAACACCGUCCAUUACUCUCAAUUUCCAAGCACUUUGAAUCCAUUUUUAAACAUUCAGGUGGUAAGACCUGUCGCCAGCGGGCUCUGACAGGUUUAGGGAGGGGGCCUGGCUCUCAGACUCGCUGUCCUGCCCACCAGCUAGCUGGUCAGAGAGGCCACCCUCUGGGGGCACCGAACUGCCGACAGGUUUUGGCUUGUUAAGUGUCUUUUUUUUUUUUCCCUUGGACCAAUCAGAUUCCUUCUUCCACUUUCAGUGCCUUGAGUGUCCAGCUUUGGUUGACCAGCCCUGUGUGGGUGGCCACAGGGGACAGGUACUGCGAGCCCCAGAGACACCGUCAGGUGUUGCAGAACGUGGGGAGGGGGGCGGCGGGUGAGGGACCUGGAGAGGAAGGAAGGGCUGACCCAGUAAGGUAGCACAGGGAGGGCACUGCAGGCUGUCAUGCCCAUGCUGUUCCCACACACACAUUCCACAUGGCCAUUCACAGCCACCACCUUCUGACCAAAGAGAACUGUGCCCCCGCCCCCGGCCUCCCCUUCUCCCGACGGGCGGGGCCUCUGGGGUGAUCCCCAGAACGCGCUUUGCCCUUUCUCGCGGUCACCGCUCAUUAGUCAUGUUUGUUUUAAUGAGUUACAUGCUCAUCAGCCACGGGCCAUCGCCACCUUUGCGGAUGGGUCUGUGGGGUGACAUUCCUCACCGUCCCUGCUGGUGGGGACCAGCUAACGCCCAGGAAGAAAGCGGCUCAGUUCCUGCAUAGCAGGCUGCCUCCGUGUCCCCCUCGGCUGCAGCAGGGGCAAAUCCUGGGUGGCUCUUUGCCGGCUGGGGGCCUUGUCCGGGCUCCAGCUGUAUUCUGUCCCCUCCCCGUGGGGUCUGACACCUCCCCACAGAGUCCUACGUGAGCCACGCGAGAAGAUCUGUUAAGGACGCGGGUUCCUGUGCAGAUGAUUUCGCACAUAUUUUGAUUCUCUUUGCAGAAACACAAGCCAUUCAUGAUGCAAACAAAGUCUAAAGAUGGCAAUGGCUUUUUAAACUUUAGGGAUAUUCCAAGAAAUGCUCCGUUGUGUUUGGGGUUUGGCCACACUCUGUUUCCUCCUUUUUGGUUUCAGUGCUGGGCCCAUUCUGUUGAAAUGAUGGAGAGGAGGGGCCCAAGGUCACUAGCUAACUCAGCUGACGCUACAGGGACCAUUAGUUUUCAGAAGCUUGUUCACAGCCACUCACCGUUCUCUGUUCUUUAACACAUGAACCAGGGCCUCCCGGGUGUUGAGUUUGCACGGUGCAAGGCACAGAGAGACACCAGCAACCCAGGCCCUCUCCGCCUCUGCAACUUGCACGCUGGUCUGAUCACAAUCUGAAUUUGGGCCUGCCUGUUGGGCUUAAUGGGAUUGCUUUUCUGGGGAGCUGAAGGUGCCCUUCCUUGAACAUAGAGCUUUGCUGUCUGAGGCGGGGGCCCUCCAGCAGGGUGCCUGAGUACUUGACGUGGUCACCUUGGCGAUCCUGAUCCCCUUUCACAUUCUCGUUUUGGUGGGAGAGCACCGCACUAGGGGUCAGGACACCUGGGACCCUGUUCUGAAGCUGCCAUUGACUGAGUGACCUUGGCCUAACCUCUUUACAUUUAUUGCCCCCGAUUUUCUGGCCUUAAAAGUAGGGGGGCGGAUUGCACAACCCUAGAAUUAUUCUCUUCUUGCUGUAUUCGUUUGGUGAGGUGAAGGGCCCAGCCACCCCUUGUAAGGAGCUGGAAAAAGUAAGUGAGCCGGGGAGGGAUGGGGAGUAGAAGAUUCUCUCUUGAAAAAAAGCUUGUACUGUGGGCCUCUUGUUGGAAGUGUCGUGAAUGAGUUUCCAUCAGGGUCCCCUGGAUCUCAAAUGGCAGCAAAGCAUACCCUAAGCCUCGGUGACAUUGGUGUGGGGGGUAUCCUCUGACCGUUGGGAACGGCCGCUCAUGGUUGGGGACCCACUCGGAAUGCUGCCGGUUUGGCAAAGCCACCUGCCGGUCUAGGGCAGGGCAUGGGGACUUUCUUUCCUUGGUGCCCUGGUUCCAGGCAGCUUUGACUCGGGGAGAGUGAGAGCAGCCACCCCCGACCCCGUCCUCGGGAGCCAGGGAUGAUGCCUCGCUCUCGCUGAGCGGGGUGAAACCUCUGGGCCCAGGUAUCUUGAGCCGCAGGGGGAGGCGUGAGCUCGGCCAGCCCGUCUGUGAAGCGGCGGGUAGGAGGUCAGCCAAUAGAGGCAGGUAGAGCAGCUUUAACGUAAACUCUGGAGCUCGAAGAGGUUCUCGUGAUUCCGGCUGAGCCGCGGUCUCUUUCCUCAUGGGGGGGGGGGGCCCAGCCUGCACCCCAAAUCCCGGAUCCGUCUAAGCCCAGCCCCAGAGUCCUCGGGAGGUCAGGAAGGAGAGCCACAGGGGACGGAGUGGUGUUCCCCGGAACGCCAGCCCUGGGAUGGAAAAGGUCGUCUUGACCCCUGUCCUGGAGCCCCUCUUGCCCCCACGCUCGGUCAGGAGCCACAGGUCCUGGGCUCCUUAGUGAGGAAUCCGGUGGUCGGCCAGGUGGUAAGAAAACCACAUCAAAGCCCAGCCCCCAGCGGGACCGAACUGGCUCAGUCACUGCCUCGCUCCUUGCUGUGUGGACGCUUCCGUCCGUGGACACUGCACUCCUCGGCCGCCCCAGCCCCGGAAACCCUGGCUUCUCUGCCACGUUAGCUCAGGUCUGUCCUGAGAGGGUCACCGCCCUGCGCCCCUACAGGCCCUCGUGAGGGAGGCCCCUGGAAGGCGUCCGUGUAGCUCCUGACUCAGCAUGACCAGCAGGGAGAUGGCCGUGGGACACUGAUGCGCACAGACCAAGGGGCACAACUGGAAAGACAUUUAUUUUUGUGAAGAGGCUAUAAAACUCGCAUUUAAAUACCCCACUUCCUUGUCCCUGCCUUCCCCUACCUCCCGCCAUCUCCCAUAGUCUCUGUCCUCUCCCGGAGGCCAGCCUCGUUGGCCUGCUCUCCCGCCUCCGGCUCCUCGUGGCAAGGGCGGAGAUGUGUGUGGCCCCCUGGGAGGGUCCAGAGAGUGGGGGGGUGGGGGAGGGCAGGUUCCCGUUUUCUUGCAUCACUGUGAGGGAGCUCCAGGCCCCGUCCCUGGAGAAAUCAUUGCUGCGCAGAAGCCACAGGCCAUAUGGGCGGUUCUGGUACAAGCCUGCCCUUAGAAAUAAUAACGGUGAAAAUAAUAAUAAUGAAUAAUAAUAGCAAGUCCAUUUGCAUAGAACUAUCACAUUCCCGCCAGCCUCCUGCCCCUGCUCCUGGCUUUUCGCUGGCCGUGACCACUGGCCUUUUCGAGGGUUGGUGGGCCAUGGGGCCGCCUACGUGCUUCUGGAGAUCAGAUGCUGCCCCCCCCCCCCCCCGCCCCAGAAUACCCCUCCCUGGGGAGAGAGCAGCCAAGCUGCCGGUUCGGUCACGCUCGACACCACCUUGUAGCAGCCGUGACCCCGGAGGCCUGGCUGUUCCGUGCUGGCCCAGAGGCACCUGGGGCCCCGGUGGUCGGGUUGUCCACCCUGUCCGCCCUUGGGGUCCCAGCCUGCGUUUCUGGCUCGAGUUGAGUUUUCUGCUCCCAGACCCCGAUAAUAAAUGGAUCCAUGAUGACAAGACAAGAGGAAAAAAAAAUAUUUUUGUUAGGACAGACCAUCGUAGGUUUUUAGCAAUGUGUCUGUGUGUCCUCACGCCUUUUCCUAUUCUGCCUGUUUUCAUUUUCCUUUUUUUUAAAUAUUAUGUACUAUAUUUUUAGUCUCAAACACACUAUAUAUUAUAUAUAUUUAAUUUUUUUAUAUAUAUAAAUAUAAAUGUUUUAAAAAGUA